AUGGCCACCGAGGAAGCCGCCAAGCCGUCCCCGAUCCCGCCCUACCCCGAGAUGAUCCUCGCGGCGAUCGAGGGCCUCGGCGACAAGAACGGGUCGAACAAGUCGGCCAUCUCCAAGUACAUCGAGGGCAAGUACGGCGAGCUCCCCCCCGCGCACGCGUCGCUGCUGACCGCGCACCUGGCGCGCAUGAAGGAGUCCGGCGAGCUCAUCUUCGUCAAAAACAACUACUUCCGCGCCGACGCCCCCGACGCGCCGCAGAAGCGCGGGCGCGGGCGCCCGCCCAAGGCGCGGGACCCGAACGCGCCGGCGCCGCCGCCCAAGCCCAAGUCGCCGGCGCCGUCCGCGGGGACGGGGCGCGGCCGCGGGCGCCCGCCCAAGGCCAAGAACCCGCUGGAGGCCGCCGUGAAGCAGGCCACCGCGGGGAUGCCCAAGGCCCGCGGCCGCCCGCCCAAGAAGGCCAAGACCACCGAGGACGGCGCGUCCCCGGCUCCCAAACCGGCACCCGCACCAACUCCCGCCCCCGCCGGCGACGGCUCCACCCCCGUCAAGCGCGGCCGCGGCAGGCCCCCCAAGGUACGCCCCGCCGUGCCCAGCGAGACGGCCGCGGCUUGA